CAGCCUCCUCCUCCCAUCCCAAUUCACAACUCGCAGCUCAAGCACAGCUUCUACAAUCUACACAGAGCCUAAGCAUCCGCGCUCUAUCAUCUCAUCACCUCUCCAAAUCGCCAUCAACAGCUACCAGAUGGCUCGCUUCGCCGUGGUCGCCGCCAUCAUCGCCCUCCUCGCCGUCUCCACCGCCGCGCAGGGCCCCAUGCCGGCACCCAGGAUGGCCCCUCUCCCCGCACCUCCGGCGAGGUCCCCGGCCACCGCCCCUGCGCCGGUCGCCACCCCGCCCACCGCCGCGUCACCGUCCCCGAUGGCCUCUCCCCCUGCCCCGCCCACCGACGCGCCGACGGAUGCUCCCUCCGCGAUGACGCCGCCCGCGGUCUCCGCCACACCCUCCGGCGCGCCCAUCGGCGCCCCCACCGGCACCCCCGCGAGCUCUGCCGUGUACUCGUCCGCCGCUAGCUUCGUCGCAGUCGCCGGAGCGGUUGCCGCCGCCAUCGUCUUUUAGAUGCAGCGACGACUCUGCUACUCUGCUCGGUGUUGUCUACACAGGUUCAUUGUUUCUAAGAUUCUUUAUUAUAGACGGAGGAAAGGUUACACGACAUUGCGAUGUAAUCUUGUUAUACGAGAUUAAUAUGAAUAUAAAAUUCUUUCAUUUGAUACUUGAAA